UCGGAGUCGGGGAGGGGAGGGGGGCUCCGGAGCGCACCAUGAAUCCCGCGGCUGCCUCCCGCCCCAACGCCGCCGCCGCCGCCGCCCGGCGGCCGGGCGCCCUGCCGCGGCUGCUGCUCUCGUCCGCGGCGCGGGCGCUGCUGUGGCUCGGUCCCGUCUACCUGGCGGGGUACCUGGGGCUGAGCGGCAGCUGGGUGCUGCUGGGGCUGGCGCUGUGGCUGUGCUGGGGACGCAACCGGCGGUGGAAGCGCGACCGGCUGGCUGCCGCCUUCGCGCUGCUGGAGGACGAGCGGGAGGCGGUGUGCCGGGGCCUGGCCGACCGGCACCUGCCGGCUUGGGUUCACUUCCCUGAUGUUGAACGAGUGGAGUGGCUGAACAAGGUCCUUGUACAGGCUUGGCCAUACUUUGGGACAAUCAUGGAAAAAACAUUUAAAGAAGUUCUUGAACCAAAAAUCAGAGCAAAGAAUGUACAUCUGAAAACAUGCACCUUUACCAAGAUCCACUUUGGUGAAAAGUGCCCUAGAAUCAACGGAAUAAAAGCCUACACCAAAGAAAUCGAUAGAAGACAAGUUAUCCUAGACCUGCAGAUAUGUUACAUAGGGGACUGUGAGAUUCACAUGGACAUAUCGAAAUUUAAUCUUGGAGUGAAAGGCAUACAGUUGUAUGGGACACUGCGAGUGAUACUGGAACCUCUUCUAACCGAUGCACCUUUUAUUGGAGCGGUGACCUUGUUUUUUAUGCAGAAGCCGCACUUGGAAAUCAACUGGGCAGGCAUGAGCAACCUCCUGGAUGUCCCAGGGAUUAAUGUAAUAUCAGACUCACUAAUUCAAGACUUCAUUGCUGCACGGCUGGUUCUACCAAACAGGAUCACAGUGCCUCUGAAAAAGAACAUGAACAUUGCCCACUUGAGGUUCCCUGUCCCGCGUGGAGUAAUAAGGGUUCAUCUGCUAGAAGCUGAAAACCUUGUCCAGAAAGACAGUUUCCUUGGUGCGAUCAGGGGGAAGUCUGACCCGUAUGCUCUUCUUCGCGUUGGCACGGUGCAGUAUCGAAGCAAGACAGUUUCCCGAGAUCUUAAUCCCAUUUGGAAUGAGACGUUUGAGUUUGUUGUUCAUGAAGUGCCUGGUCAGGACUUAGAAGUGGACUUGUACGAUGAAGAUCCAGAUAAAGAUGACUUUAUGGGCAGCUUGCUUAUAAGCUUAGUGGAUGUAACGAAUGAUGGAACUGUUGAUGAGUGGUUUCCCUUAAGUAAGACAACAAGCGGACACUUGCAUUUAAAACUGGAGUGGCUUUCACUAGUGAAUGACCAAGAAAGGCUACAUGAGGAUAAGAAGGGUCUGUCUACAGCUGUUCUGAUAGUUUACUUGGACAGUGCCUUCAACCUUCCAAAAAACCACUUUGAGUAUUCGAAUGGUGAAUGUGGAGCAAAGAAGAUCAAAAAUAACAAGUACCUCAAGAAGAUGGAACGAGAACCCUCCUCCUUCGUCCUGCUUACAGUAGGAAACAAGACUCAGAAAAGCAAGACCUGCAAUUUCAGCAAAGAUCCCACCUGGGGCCAGGCUUUCACCUUCUUUGUCCACAGUGCUCAUUCCCAGUCACUCCAUGUUGAGAUAAAAGACAAGGAUCGGGACAGUGCCCUGGGAACUUCAGUGGUGUGUCUCUCCCACUUACUUAAGGAUCCAAACAUGACUCUGGAUCAGAGAUUUCAGCUGGAUCAUUCCAGUUCAGACAGCUUCAUUAAGAUGAAACUUGUGUUGCGGGCCUUGAAUAUUGAAGAACCCGAUCCACAAAGAGUCAAGGCCGGUGUCAGUGCCUCGAAGCAAGGUCCUGUGCGUGUCAUGGAGAAGGGUGGAAACCAGCAAAACUUUGUCUCCCCACCAAAACCAGAAGUCUCAAAAGUACCUCCUGUGAGCAAAGACUCUGGAGCACUUGAAUCCCUGCCAAAAAAGGACAGCAGAGAAGACCUGGAUGCAAAUGACAGUUCAGCAGCACCUGUACCAAGUGAAACUGUUGCUGGCCUUAAUGAGACAGAGCGCGAGCAAAAUCCAGAGCAUGACCCAUUGCCAGCAUUGCAUACCAGAGCAGUGGUAGUGCCCACGUUGCCAGUCGUACAGGAACUGAGGCUUGCGCCCAGUGUUGCUUCGCUGGGUUCUCUGCCUUCUUCUUGCUUUGAAUUAAGUAGCAGCAAUCUGGACCUUCAUAAUGGGACUGAAAUGCCUCUGGGAGAGAUUCAGCUGACGGUGCGGUAUGCUUCAAUACGGCAGAGCCUUGUCGUGCUGGUGAACGGCUGCAGAAACUUAGUACCCUCUUCCAAUCGUGGAGUAGAUCCGUAUGUUCGUAUAUACCUGCUUCCAGAUAGAAGAUGGGCAAGCAGGAAGAAGACUUCUGUUAAGAAAAAAACUCUGAACCCCCAAUACGAUGAGAAGUUUGAAUUUUUUGAAUCUUUGGAAGAUGUCAAGAAAAGGACACUGGACAUUGCAGUGAAAAACAGCAGGCCAUUCAUUUCACAGGAAAGGAAGGAGCUGGGGAAAGUGCGGAUUGACUUGUCACAGGAGGACUUAAUAAAAGGUUUUGCACAAUGGUAUGAGCUGACAAGGAGUAGACGCAAGAAAAAUUGAUUUCUUCUCAUGUACAUAAGUCACUAAUUUUUCAACUUUAUAUGGAUGUACAUAUCUUUUGUAAUUAAUGUGUUUUGAACAGUCACUGCAAAUUUGAAGCAGUCUCCAGCUCAGGACAUGUAAAUCUGAGAGAUUAGUUCUCACUGAAGUAAAAAAACAAACCAACCCACCCCCCACACUGGGAAUAACUUGUCCCUAAAUAAUAAGUCCUUUAUUUUUGCUGUUUCUGGCCUAUCUCCCCCAAAGGACCCUGAAGUAUGAAUACUCUCUUAAGGAAGUGUUGUACCUGGAGAUGUUUUAGACUGUCAGCUAAGUGUCAUUACUUUGCUUGGCAGUCUCAUUUCCCCAGGAUCCUAUUCAUGUUGUUUUAACAUGAAAUCAUUGUACUUUUAAAAGAAUAAAUUUUUAAACAGCAUUCUUCAGCUGUAGGGCUACAGAACCUGUUGAAAGAAACUGUUUAAGACUCUAAUAGAUAGCAAUUGUUUUUUGAGAAACUAAGAAAUUGAUAGUCCACUGUUCAAAAGUAUCUUAGCAGACUGUGGCUGCAGGUAUGUAUAUAAUGAGCUUCCAAAAGCAGGGAGAUCAAUUUACCGAGAUGUCAUUAAGGUUUUAGUUUGUGACGCCUUAACAUAGUUUGUUCUUUGUUACAGUACAUUUCAAAAUCUUGUAAACCUUGAUAGUAAAAGCAUUCUGCCUGAGGAACAGCAGAGUUUUGUAAACUAAGCUUUAUUAAUAUCAGAGCAAAAUAUACCAAAAUAUUUUUGGAAGCUUGGUGUACUUGUUUCUGUACAAUAAACUUCUAACUGUCUUGCAUAAGAAA